AUGAAGUCUGCUGUGGUCAUCUUGGCAUUUUCUGUUGCCUCCUUGGCUCAGCCUGUCGCCACCAACCUUCAAUACGUACCUCCAUUGUGCGCGUUGAGAUGCUUUCUGGACACACCCAGAGGACUUUGCGGAGAAGAUGUCGAGUGUCUCUGCCGUGACGAUGCUUACGUCCAGAAUCUCAGGAUUUGCGCGACUGAUAGCAGCUGCAGCGAUGCUCAAAAGGAGGACAUGAGAAAGACGGCGAAGUCCGAGUGCGCGGCGCGUGGUGUUGAUAUUGGCGAUGAGAUUGGCGAUAUUUAA